AUGAACCGCAACAGCAACAACAGCCAGCCGGUGAAAAUAACCGGCGAAGAAGUCGCCAAGCACAACUCCGCCGAGAGCUGUUGGGUCAUCGUCCACGGCCGCGCAUACGAUGUCACCGAAUUCCUGCCCGAGCACCCUGGUGGCAUGAAGAUCAUCCUCAAGUAUGCCGGCAAGGAUGCCACCGAGGAGUACGAGCCAAUCCACCCGCCCGACACUCUCGACAAGUACCUCGACCACUCGAAACAUCUGGGCGAGGUGGAUAUGAACACGGUGCAGCAGGAGGAGAAGGCCGAGGACCCGGAUGAGAAGGCGCGGCAGGAGAGGAUCGCGAGGAAGCCCAUCCUGGAGCAAUGCUACAACUUGAUGGAUUUCGAAGCAGUGGCGCGAAACGUCAUGAAGAAGACCGCAUGGGCGUACUACUCGAGCGGUGCCGACGAUGAAAUCACAUUACGAGAAAACCACUCGGCCUUCCACAAAAUCUGGUUCCGUCCCCGAAUCCUCGUCGACGUGGAGAAGGUCGACUGCUCGACAACAAUGCUUGGCACCAAGGUCGACAUGCCCUUCUACGUCACUGCGACUGCUCUCGGCAAGCUGGGCCACCCUGAGGGUGAGGUGGUCCUCACACGCAGCGCGAAAAAGCACAACGUCAUUCAGAUGAUCCCCACGCUGGCCUCUUGCUCUUUUGACGAGAUUGUCGACGCAAAGGAGGGUGAUCAGGUGCAAUGGCUGCAGCUCUACGUCAACAAGAACCGUGAAAUCACCAAGGGUAUCGUAGAACAUGCCGAGAGACGUGGUUGCAAAGGCCUCUUCAUUACCGUCGAUGCCCCUCAGCUUGGCCGCCGCGAGAAGGACAUGCGCAGCAAAUUCGACGACGUCGGCUCCAGUGUCCAAAGCAGCUCGGGCGACAGUGUGGACCGCUCUCAGGGGGCUGCGCGUGCCAUCUCAUCCUUCAUAGACCCUGCCCUCAGCUGGAAGGAUAUCCCCUGGUUCCAGUCCAUCACCAAGAUGCCCAUCAUUCUCAAGGGCGUGCAGUGUGUCGAGGACGUGCUCAAGGCCGUCGAGGCUGGUGUCCAGGGUGUCGUUCUGUCCAACCACGGUGGUCGCCAGCUCGACUUCGCCCGCUCCGGUGUCGAAGUUCUCGCGGAGGUCAUGCCGAUCCUGCGGCAAAGGGGCUGGGAAAACAAGAUCGAGGUCUACAUUGACGGCGGUGUUCGUCGUGCAACCGACAUUCUUAAGGCACUCUGUCUGGGUGCCAAGGGUGUUGGUAUCGGCCGUCCAUUCCUGUACGCCAUGUCUGCUUACGGACAGCCUGGUGUUGACCGCGCUAUGCAGUUGCUCAAGGACGAGAUGGAGAUGAAUAUGCGUCUCAUCGGCUGCUCCAGCAUCGAUCAACUCAACCCGAGCUUGAUCGACACUCGAAGCCUCAGCAUGCACAGUGCAUCCGUUCCGUCGGAUACCUUGGGCUUGAACGUGUACGACCCGUUGGUUGGGCCCAAGGAGAGCGUUGUCAAAGAGAAAGCGAAGUUGUAA